GUGACUCGUUAUCUUAAAAAGUCACGUUACGUUACUCGAGUAGAGUAACCGAUUUUUUUGCAUAAUAUACAUAGCUAUAGUUUAUUAGUUGAUUAUUAAUUUAAUAAUUAAGUUUAAGAACUUAAUCAACCAAAGAUGUCAUGUUUUCGUCUGGCCACGAGUCUGGGCCGUGCACUGCCGAACAGAAGUCAAUGUAUCCGCCUGCCGCAGAGCCACAGCACCCGUCUAGAUGUUAACCUAACAAGGCGUCAACUUUCCGGAAAAGCGACGGGGACAGGGAGUGGAAAGAAGCAAUCAAAUGGCACCUUCAAAUUGGCCAUGCUGGGAGCAUUUGUGGGCGCCGCCACCGGGUCUGUUUACACCAUAUUUACAACCUGGACCGAUCAAAAUUCACACAAGGAACACGAACACACACCACCAAAAAUUCUAGAUUCUUUGCCGGCUGGUCUGCGUAUAACUAAACGAUAUGUUAAUCCCAAAGACACAUCUGACCUGGAGAUCAUACUCUUCCAGUAUCAGACAUGUCCGUUUUGCUGCAAAGUACGAGCCUAUCUCGAUUAUAUGGGUGUAUCUUAUUCAGUGGUCGAGGUGGAUGCCGUUCUGAGACAAGACAUCCGAUGGUCAUCAGUGAAAAAAGUGCCCACAGUGUUGAUACGGCAACAAAAUGGUCAAUACGUCCAGAUGAUUGACUCGAGUGCCAUAAUAUCUUUGGUGGCCACAUAUUUGCAGGAUAAGCGCACAGAUAUUGGUGAACUUGCUAAAUUCUAUCCCCACAUCUCGUACUUCGAUGAUGAUGGUAAAAAACGGAUGGAUAUUUUAAACAAAUAUUUCCUCAUGUACGGAGAACGGACGCCGAAAAAUGUUACAAAAGAGAUAGAAGAAACGGAUCGGAAAUGGCGCACGUGGGCAGAUGAUCAUUUGGUGCAUUUAAUCUCACCAAAUUGCUAUCAGACACUUGGCGAAGCUUUCGAGACAUUUGAAUGGUUUGCCAAAGCUGGUGAAUGGGAUGUGCAUUUUCCGAAAUGGGAGCGAGAUCUAAUGGUUUAUGGCGGAGCCACUGCCAUGUGGGGUAUAGCAAAAAUCUUAAAACGACGUCAUGGUCUCAGCGAUGAUGUACGAUCUCAUAUGUAUGAUGCUUUGAAUAACUGGACGAGAGAGUUGAAGAAAAAGAAUACAAAAUUCAUGGGAGGCAAACAGCCUGGAUUGGCGGAUUUGGCAAUUUUUGGCAUUUUAAGCAGCAUGGAAGGUUGUCAGACUUUCAAGGACUGUCUGGAGAGUACUAAUAUUGGCAAAUGGUUUUAUGAUGUCAAGGAAGUAGUGACUCAGAAUCGCGGAGAAUUGCACAGAGAACGCAUUGAAGGCGCUGUUGUCGCUUCAAACACAAAUGCUUAAAGAUAUCUGAAGAGUUAAAUAUGAUUGUUGAACAUCCCCUUUUCUCUGCAUAUGAGAAUUGUUUAAAUAAACACAACACAAAAAAGUUUGUGAGUUUGCCGAUUUUGA